AUGACAUAUGGAAGGAGUAUCUAAACAAAGGUUUCUAAUUUAAAUAAACCAUACAAUGACUAAGCUUUAAUUUUACUUAAUUAAUUAAAAAAUAAAGAAUUAACUUAAAUUGAUAAAUUAAUACUAGAAUACACUUUCAAAGAAUGGGAAAACCUCAUGGUACUUAAAGACUUCUUAAUGAAUGGAAAAAAUGAUAACAUCCAUUUCACAUUUGGUUUUUAUCUAAAAUUUAAAUUGGGAUGCAUGGACCCCUAUGUAAAUACCCCAUCAAUUUGCAAAUUUUACAAUUUUUUGAUUUUAUCAUAUUUUAUUUAUUUGCUAUGA